AGCCUAAAGAAGAGUCACUGGAUCCUUAUUGGGACAGUGGAGCUCAGUGUUCAUUGGUGGAUUCAGAGAUGAAAUCAGAGAAGCUGGAAGACUGCAGUCAAACACUGGGGACGAAUGAUAUUAAAUAUGAAGAGGAGAAGAAGAUUGGGGAUUUAACUAAUCAAGAUGUGAUGGCUGAAGCUGAUACAUUUCCUACACGUGGAGAGAAACAACAGAAAGAUUAUGAAGAUAAGUCUCACCCCUGCCCCCAUUGUGGAAAACAUUUCCUUUUUAUAUCACUGUUAAAAAGACAUAUUAACAUACACUCAGGAGAGAAGCCAUACUCAUGUUCUGACUGUGGGAAGUGUUUCUCUGAAUUAGGUAAACUUAAAUCUCACCAGCGCAUACAUACUGGAGAGAAGCCAUACUCGUGUUCUGACUGUGGGAAGUGUUUCUCUAAAUUAGGCAACCUUAAUAUUCACCAGCGCAUACACACUGGAGAGAAGCCUUACUCCUGUCCUGACUGCGGGAAGAGUUUCUCUCAACUAAGUAGCCUUAAAAGUCACCAGCGCAUACAUACUGGAGAGAAGCCUUACUCCUGUCCUGACUGUGGGAACAGUUUCUCUCAACUAGGUAGCCUAAAAGCUCACCAGCUACGACACACAGGAGAGAAGCCAUACCCGUGUUCUGACUGUGGAAAGUGUUUCUCUAAAUCAGGUGACCUUAAUAUUCACCAGCGCAUACAUACUGGAGAGAAGUCAUACUCCUGUUGUGACUGUGGGAUGUGUUUCUCUAAAUUAGGCAACCUUAAUAUUCACCAGCGCAUACACACUGGUGAGAAGCCUUACUCCUGUCCUGACUGUGGGAAGAGUUUCUCUCAACUGGGUAGCCUUAAAAAUCACCAGCGCAUACAUACUGGAGAGAAGCCUUACUCCUGUCCUGACUGUGGGAACAGUUUCUCUCAAUUAGGUAGCCUAAAAGCUCACCAACUACAACACACUGGAGAGAAGCCUUACUCCUGUUCUGACUGUGGGAAGAGUUUCUCUCAUCCAGGUAGCCUUAAAAAUCACCGGCGCAUACAUACUGGAGAGAAGCCUUACUCCUGUCCUGACUGUAGGAAGACUUUCUCUCAACUAGGUAGCCUUAAAAAUCACCGGCGCAUACAUACUACAGAGAAGCCGUAUUCCUGUUCUGACUGUGGGAAGUGUUUCUCUAAAUUAGGUAACCUUAAAACUCACCAACUACUACACACUGGAGUGAAGCCUUAUUCCUGUUCUGACUGUGGGAAGAGUUUCUCUCAACUAGGUAGCUUUCAAAAUCACCAGCGCAUACAUACUGGAGAGAAACCUUAUUCCUGUUCUGACUGUGGGAAGAGUUUCUCUCAAUUAGGCCACUUUAAAAAUCACCAGCGCAUACACACUGCAAGCAAGCAACUUCAUUGAUAUAGCACAGUAAGCACAACAUACAUAGAAGCAAUUCAAUGCUCUUUUUAAAAUGAAGAGAAACAUAAAAACGCAAUAGAAUAAAAACAGUCAGAUUCUUACAAUUCUGUAACCACUCUCCAGGGGGACUCUCCACUUGGUAUCUCAGUCCUUGCACUCCAGCGUUAGAAUGAACCCUUCAGUCCAUAGGAGCUAUAGUCCUGUCCUGACUGUGGGAAGAAUUUAUCUCUGUUAUGUAGCCUUAAAACUCACCAGCACAUGCAUGCUAGAGAGAAGCCUUAUUCCUGUUCUGACUUCUGGGAGGAGUUUCCAUCGUCUUGUCUCUCUCCAAACACAUCAGAGGAUUCAUAGUACUGGAUAACACUACUUUUGAAUGUAGGAAGUGCUUUUUGACAAUAUAUCAAUUAUUAUUCAUCAUAGAGUACCGAAGGAACUGAAAAAUGUCAAUUCUAGACAUAUUUGCUACCCAUUCCAUGAGCCUUUAUUUUUUAGUGUAUCCAUUCAGAAGUGCUCUGCUGUUAAAUGUUUUGGGGUCACUUAGAAAGGUCCUAUUUUUCCAAGGAAACAUACAUGAAUUGAGUUUGAGUAGGAAAUACAGGUGCUGGUCAUACAAUUAGAAUAUCAUCAAAAAGUUGAUUUAUUUCAGUAAUUCCAUUCAG